GUCUCUGUUUAUUCACCUGUCUGUGUGUCUGUGUGUCCGGCUGCUCGUUGUCUGUUGUUGUUCGUCAGGCUGUGGUUCGUCUGACCGGCCAUGCCAGCGUACCGUGUGUGUACAUUCCCUGGAUGCACAUCCAGCGGUAAAGUGCAUAAAAACGUCUCGUUCUUUAAAGUAUCGCCACAUAAAAGCUGGAUCAGGUUUUUAGUGAGCCAUGGACACAGCGGGAGAGUCUACAACACCACCUGUUUAUGCAGCAAACACUUCACUGAGGACAGCUUCAGUAAUUUCUCGCAGAAAGCGAGCGGUUUCGCUAAAACUCUGAACCUGAAGGACGGAGCUGAGCCCACUCUCUCUCUGCAGAACUCAGGAGAACAUCAGAACCAGCAGAGGCAACAUGAGGAGCCGGGAGAGACCAUGGGCAGUGACAAUGAUGGGGGGUCAUUGUGGUUGUGCCCUUUGUGUCAGGAUGGUCACGUGGAUCGCAGUGCUUUGGCUUUGCAUCUGACCGAAAAACACAGCGUGCUUCCUGCUUGCCUUGAUAAGCUACUGGACAUUGUGGUUCCUAUUAAUCGUCCUAGUGAUGAAAAUGGAGAAUCCAGCACUCAAAAUGAUACCAAUGGCGUAUCACAGCAGAAGUGUUUAGAAAACACCAGCUCCCCUUUAAUGGCUUCCCAGAAUGAAGGUGAACCAACGGAUGCAAAUGACAAAGAUGGUUCUUCCCAGGAAAAAGAAGUGGAUGACGAAAGAGGAGGAGUAAAAAAUGAAGAAGGUGACUGGGGUGGUUUGGAAUCGGAUCAAGAGAAUGUUACCCAAGCUGUAAAAACAUCAGAAGCCUCUGUCAACAGUGAUAAAUCUGCUGAUAAAAGCAGUGUUGCUGCAGAAGGUGACAUUAACCGUCCAUUCAAGUGUCAUGCAUGCCUGGAGUUCUUUCCCACUAGAUCAGCAUUAAGUGUACACUAUAAUUCAACCAGCCAUAUCCAAAGGAUGAGAACAGGAGGGGGAAGUGAAAAUGAUUCCCCAGCCCCUUUCAUUUCUCGCCCUUACGUCUCCAACAAACCAUACCAGUGUGCAGUGUGUCGUGUCUCCUACAAUCAUGCCAUCACCCUGGAAAGUCAUUUAAAGUCUGUGUUGCACCAGAGUCGUACGAGAAAUGCAGGUAAUGCGGCCGCUAGUUCCACGGCAAGCUCUGGAAGUGGAAGCACGGUGGCGGCCACCAACUUGACGACCACCACGGUGGGUAAUACGACACAGUUGGCUUAUGCCACAGCCAGUAAUUGUGUCACGCAAGCAAGCUUGACUGCAUCAUCAGCGAUGACCAAAGACGGGGAACAGGUUCAGCCACAGCUAGCUCCUUCGUUGCUUUCCUCUCCGGUAGCCUCAGCACAGGCGGUGUCUGCUUUCCUUACUCUCUUAACCUCUAGCCCAAACUCUCUUCCACACUCAGUCCUCCCUUCUCUCAUUGCUGCUGGGGCAGGUGCCACCCCAGGCACAACCACUCCUCAGCUAAUACCCCAGCCUCAGAUGCUCGUACCCCUUAUCCUGAAUGGACUCCAAACCCAAAGUCCAAAUCCAGAGUCCCAAAAACAGCUUUUGCAGCAAACGGUGCCAGUUCUUGGUCUCAGUGCGGCGCAGCAGGCUCUCUUGGCCCAAGGUCUCACUGGUUUACAGAAUCAAUGGGCUGGUAUUGGACCCUCCAGUGUGACUCAGCUGACUCCAGAAGAGAAGGAUGGAGUAGCAGAAAAGGGGGUAGAAGCAAAACAGAAAAAUGAGAUUAAACAGGAGCCUAGUGAUCAAGUGUCGCAGAAGACAGAAGAGGCCUGCACAAAUGAUGCUUCUGUGAAGGUGGAGCCUAAGCUAGAAUAUAACGCUAGUAUAUGCGAGAAAAAAGUUGAAGACAGCAUGGCAUGUGGCAACAUGGAGCAGGAGAAAGAUGAAAGGGAUGUAGAUGGCCCAGCUGAAGGGGAGAGUGUCGAGGAAAAUGCAAAAGUAGUUCUAGAUACUGAUGCAAAUAAAUCCUCAGCAGCCCAAGUCCUUCAUUGUAGUAGCCCAUCAUCAUGUCCUAACGAAUCUAAUCAGUGUCCCAUGCACAACCAUGAUCAUGCUGUUAACAGUUUUGAGUCAAAACCUAGUUCUGCAAAAUGCAGCCCUUCAAACACUAACCUUGCCUUAACUUCCUCAGGCCAUACGAGUGCUAAGUCUCGUCCAUGCUUGUCCUCAGGGCCUCCAGCUCUAACUGAGUUUCAGUCUCAGGUUCUGUGGGCCUUUCUGGAGUCGCGAAAUGAGUCCGAUGCAGCUAGUCCACCAAGAGAAGACUGUGAAGCCCUUGGCAGAGAAGUAGGGCUCACUGAGGAGGAAGUACGGAAAUGGCUGGUGGAUGCCCGUCACGCCAAAGAUAGGCAGAGCGCAGAAGCAAUGGAACAAGAUGAGAUAGAAGAAAGUAUCGAGGAUGAAGAAGGUGCUCUGAUGAUAGAUGAAAGCGAAUAUGCACAGAGUCCGUCGGUCACAAGCAGCCAUGCUAUGGAUCUGUCUAGCAGUGCAGAAAGACGCAGGGACAAGACGGACAGGGAGAGCCAAGGAGACUCCUGUUUGACAUCCGACUCAGAAAGUGAAGAGUUCUACACCUCUGUUAUUGUGACAGAUGAGGAGAGUCAAAGUAGUUCGCUGAGGGAAGAGCCAGGUAGCCCAGCAAAACAGGCGUUGCAGGUAGAGACAUCAGGUGAAAAGUCAAGCGGUGGAGGGAAGGUCCUCCGCUCCACUACAGUCUUUCUCUCAGAUGCAGAGGAUGAAGAUGAUGAUGAUCAGGCUGCAAAGAGCAAAAAGAGAAAAAGGGAGAUUGAUAAGGAGGAGAUAGAGAGCAAAAAGGAGAGGCAGGAUACUGAUCUUGAUCUUCAGUUGGAAGCCCAAGCUGACCCGCCUACUCCUCUGUCAGUUACUGUGGACCAUCAAGGUCUUCCCACUGGAAUCUUGCAUCCCUUACCCCUCUCUCUUUCUCUCGCACCAUUUUCCACUCAGUUAUUCAGUCCUUAUGUCCUUUCGGUUCCCUCAUCUGUUGUUGGAGUUGGUGUUUCUGACGGAGACCGAGCCAAAGUAACAGCCUUCACGAAUCCCCCAACUGUUGCUCGAACUCAAGCUCCGUUCUCCGCCAUUGGUUCUCUUGCACAGUCCACCCGAUUUUUAUCUAACGGCAAUGACUGUGAAUCUGCAUUAGACCUCAGUAUUGGGAAAAACCAUAGCUCAACAACAUCCACAUCUGUCUCAGCAAGUACAAAGUCCUCUAUACAAAAGACCAAUUUACUUGAUGGUCUCGGACUUAGGCCUGCAACAGUUGGUGUCCCUGCAGAUGGCAGUCUUAUUGUUGUUCAAGUGAAGCCUGAUUCUGCCAUAACAAUCCCAAAUUCCAGCAGCAGUGCCCUUAUUAACCGCAAUAAUGUGGCUAAGACUAGCACUGUGUUCAUGAGGGCGGCAGAGAAGAUAAGCACUUCCAUAAUGGAGAAGGAGAAAGAGAGCGACAAAAUGGGAGAGCAGAAACGACCUAAUGCCCGACGGUUCAGGGACAUGAGAAGGUCCAGGACUAUCAUUCAAGCAGACCAGCUGGAUGUGCUUUAUGGAUGUUAUUUCAAAGACCCAAACCCAGGAAAGCAUGAAUUUGAGCAAAUCUCAGAGUGGGUGCAUCUGCCAAAGAAGGUGGUCCAGAUUUGGUUUCAGAACAUGAGGGCUAGGGAGCGAAAGGGGGAGGUCCGCUUCAUCAGUGAUGGCACCUUGGCAGCUGUAGGGAAACCACUCAUAAAGUUCACUUGGCCACUAACUAAGCCCAUUUUCUCAAGUACACCCAAAUCUAACCCCAGCCCAACAAGCCCCAGCUGGGUUUCUUCCAAGCCACAACCUGGAAACAUUACUCCAAAGGUCGAAAAGAUUAAAGAGGAGAAGGAACCGCUAAAAAUCCCCAUCCAAGGUUUCAGUAGGCCAAAGGAGGUGGCAUCUUCUGUUCUUGCCAGCAGUACAUCAGCACUCAAAACCAAAGGCGAAGCAGUAAGCACAGUUACGAUGGUUAAAAUUGCCCCCAAGGCUGUGGCUCCUGCAGUUUCAAUUCCUAUAUUAAGCAGUGGGGCUCCUCUCACUCAAACUCCCCCAAAGAACAAACUUGAAGAACAGUCUAAAGCAGACCGAGCAGAGGAGAAGGAUGGUCACAGUCAAGAAAAAACUGGCCCUGGGGCAACUCAGCGCGUGGUGCCAAAAGUGUCCACUACACAAAUUAACAAAGCUUCCACUGCAACAUCUCCAAAACACAAUGGCCUGAAUUACUGGUCUCAAAAGGGUCAAUUCAAGAUUAAUACAUUGUCCAGGGAACAGUUGGGCCUGAGUGCCCCACGGCUGACACUCACUACAUCUAUUGUAACACCCUCUGUAACAAUUAGUACACCACCAUCCAGUCAAAGCCAAAAGGAAGCAAGCUACACACAGCAGCACUCCACACCAAGAAGACCGCGAACACACCUGAACUGUCUGCAGUUGUCAAUCCUACAGUCCUGCUAUGAGACCUGUGCUCACCCUAAUGCGUUAGAGUGUGAAGCAGUGGGUACAGAGCUUGGCCUACCACUUAAAGUGGUGCAGAUUUGGUUCCAAAACACACGUGCCAAGGAAAAACGCUGGAGACUGCAGCAAGAGAAGCUGUCUCCUAAUUCCACUGACCCUUCCAAGAAGGUGGACAUAAGCUCGGGCAGCUAUCUUCAGUACAACGCGCUCAGAGCCAACCGUCCAAUCCUGCCCAAACCAGUACAACUGACAGUUCUGGAACCUUCUCCGCCCCCCACUGUGGGCCAGCCGGCGGGCCGCGAGACACUACGAGGAAAAUGUGAAGUGUGCGACGUAGAGUUUGAGUCGAGGGCAGCGGUGCGCGACCACGUCUUCUCUCCUCGGCAUCUGGCCACACUGAGAACCACUAACUUUGGUCAGCCAGCAACACUAGUCAACAACGGUUCCUCCACGGGAUCCACUGGUGUCGCUAGCCAGUCUUCUUCCACAUCACCAGCUAGCAGCACCAGCUAAGAAACGGACUUGGAGCUGGUGCACUUAGUGGACCCACUUUGCAUUUUAAGCUUUUAACAGAGAAAGGGUGCUUGUCUUUUCAAGCUAAUGUUCUUUUGGAGUCUGAGUGGGCCCGGAGAACUUAAUGCUGCCUGGAUGACAGCAGGGGACGAUAUUCUUUUGGUUCUAAACAAGAACUUCUUUCAAUGACUUAUUGCCACCACAUCAGUUCACUAAAAAAAAAAAAAUAAUCCAAUGAAAUGGUAAUACUGGACAAAUUGCAAAUGCUUGUGUGGUAAUGGUCCUUUUAUGUCUUUCACGGCUCUGUCUGAGUUUUAAAACAUCUGAUUUCUGUUGUGCUUGUUUAUUGUUAUUAUGAUUAUCCUCUCAUGCUUAUUCAAUCAAACUCUGGUCUGAUUUGGGAGAAAUUCACCCUUAAACUCAUCAAAAGUGAUUUGGAUCGAUGACGGUACAGCUUUUGUUUGAGAUGGGGGCCUUCAGUCCGUUUCCAGUCAUUUUGUAUUUUAUCAGAGUUUCAGUUUAGCGAUCUAUUACCACAUUCAGAUGGUCAUAAGUUUUAAAGUGUCGUUGGGAGUUUUUACGCGAGUCAGAUCAUUAAAAAAAUCUGAACUGUACAAAAUAGCUAAUGGCUAGUUCAGGGAUGGGUUCAUAUGGUUUUCAGGAACCAAGGGAAUUUGAAUGGGAUUCGAAUCCAUACAACAAGGAAGACACAGUGGCCUCUUCCAUUUAUUUGAAUGGAUCCAUCAUGACAAUCCUACAUUAUUUGAGCACCACUGGCAAAAGCUAAAGAUGUCAAACAGCCAUCAUACAGCACUUUGUUCCUUUUAAGGUCUGAAGCAUUUUAAAGGUUUUCACAUUGCUCUGAAUAAACGUUUGUUUUAUAGUGAUGUCUUACUGUAUGUCCGAGUCAAGACUAUAUUGAAGUGUUAACAGCUUUUGCUGUUUUAAAGACCUGUGCUGCACAUUGUUGAAAACGGACAGAAAUGGAUCAGACCUAGCCGCUGUGCAAAAAGCCAAAGUCAACUCUAUACUUUUAGCGCAAUUUUAAAUGAUUUUGAUACGGAUUUGUGAAACGUCAACAAAUAUGAUAAUCUCCACUCAGAUCACUUUUUUGUUCUGUCAUAACCUUAGCCUGUCAAGCAUAAACAAUUACUGCUUAUUUACAGUAUAAGACAACCCCUUUUUUAUAUAGGGAUGCACAAUGAUAUCGAAAUUGUAUCAGUAUCUGCAGAUAACUGUUAAAUUAGCGUUGGACAGAUGUUUAGAUUUGACCAAUAUUUCAAACCAAUAUUUGAUGUUAUUAUUGCCCUUUGGAAGAUGCUAAAUUGUAAUCCAGUGCUCAAAUAUCUGCAUUUUAUUCAUUGUAUUGCAUUUGUAACCCUCUACAAAUAAUUUACAUUCUCCGUAAUCCUAAUCCCAGUGGAUUUAGUACCGAUUUCUACAUUUUAUAAAUGCAUAUUUAUCAGCAUCGAUAUCAACCUGAAAAAAAUAUGAUAUCGACAUGGGCCCACAAUUACCAUAUCAGUGCAUCCCUACAUUUUGUGAAUGAAAAUGGGAGAGAACAGUCAUUUGUAGACCUUUUUCCUUGUUGAAGCAUUUUAUGUGAGUGCAAAUCAAUUACUUGUACUGGUUAGUGGUCAUAUAGUCAUGUUUUAUCCUAAAGCCUCUCCAGCCCUCAGAGGUGACAGCUGUUUUGAGGUACCCUUUUUUUCCUUUUCUUUUGGUGGUUCUGGUCACUGACGAUUCACACAUGAGGAAUCAACAGCAGUGCGAUCCGAAGGACAUGAAAUACUAAAGAGAACUGUCAUUUUUGGUUUUAAGUUGUAUGUUAUAAUAAUAAUAAUUAUUAUUAUUAAUGAUGUUACUAUUAAUAGUUUAACAAAAUGCAAAACUAAAAAGUAACUUUUUUAAAGGAACUAUAUUAAGAAAAUGGUAUUCCAAAGUUAUUCUUCCUCUUGCUUUCUGUCAUUUAAAAAAAAAAAACAAAAAACAAACCAAAAAGCAUUUUGAAGUUAGAGGAGUGGGAGAGAUUUGUUUGUAAUGCAAAGUUGUAAAGGAUUUUUUUCCCACACUGACACUUUGAUGCCACUUCCAGGACAUUUUACACACUGAGCUGAAAGCAGGUGCAUUUCGAUCAACACAAGGUGGAGCACUGUAGAGGCUAGUUGUUUUUUUGUUUUGUUUUUGUUUUUUUUUAAUGCGCCUCUGUGAUUGUUGGGUAAUAACACUCAGUGUGGAGCUGUAGCUCUGGAUGCAGUGCACGAUGGGAUUACACAGUGUUGCACUCUUCAAAGUGGAUAAGUAAACAUAGAAACCUGCUUUUUUGUCUGAUUUUUGUUUGUUUUGUUUUCAUUAACACUUAUCACUUGUUAACUACUACUUGCUAUUGUUUUCAUUACUAUCAUCACUGUUUUUGAUUAUUAUUGAUUAAUAACGGUUUUUAAUAACAUCUCUACAUUCACUGAGAUGGUUUUGGUAAACAGCAAUGAUGGUGACAGUGUUGUUAUGAAAUACUAGUUUAUUGUUUAAGCUUGUUUUUUCCUUACUUGUACCCUUAUUUUGUGUUGGAUCUCCUUUUUUCUUAUACAGAAAAAUAAACUGAACUUCAUUUA